AUGGUGAAAGGGAUGCAGAAAAAGGCAGAAGCUACAAAGAUGAUGUCCUUCUUUCAGUCAGCGAGCAAUUCCAAAGAUGGCGCCCGCACCAUACAGAGUGAGGAUGACGCAGGUACUAAAGAAAGAUCGCUCACAAGUGCAGCAAAUCCUGAUUACCAGACACCACAAGGCUCACCUAGAUCCUGCACACCAUCGGGCUCUCCCUCAACCAGGUCAGUCUCAUCCCCUAACACAGCCACCGACAGGCUCAACAACCGAAAACAGCUAGCAAACACUGGCACCGCCAUUACUGAAACCAGCAUGAGGGCCACGAGUGGACACCUCGAUAUUAACAAACCAGGUCCUAACUCUAAAACUGGUGAAGAUCACCUGGAGACCGUUCAUAUUGGGGACUACACAACUACCCGAACCGCUCCAACAAAUCAACUGGAAUCAGCACAGUUUGAACAUGAAAAUCUGUCUAUGAAAGUAUCUGUUAGCGUGAGCCCAGUUAAAGAGAGCUACCCCUCACAAUUGGUGGAGGAUGCGGCCAACAUCCAUGCUGAAAGGACAACACAUAAAAUAAGAGACAAAGUGGUUCCUAGGGGCAACAUCACAGCAAAGGGCAGCAUUUGUGCUGUUCUGAAUUUUUUUGUUUUGCUUGGUUGCAAAGGAAAUUGCUUUAUGGAGCUUAAAGGGCCAGAAGCCCAGUACGAGAGACUGACCGAUGGAAAUGGCUGCAAAAUGGAGAGCAAUCAGACCUGGGUCACUGAGGUUCUACUCUUGGGAUUCCAGAAUCUUCAAGGUUUCAGAAUGGUCUUUUUCGUCCUUCUAAUCCUGAUCUAUGGCUUGACAAUUUGUGGAAACCUCCUGAUCAUAACUCUUGUGUCCUACAGCAAGAGCUUCCAAACACCCAUGUAUUACUUCCUUGUGGAGCUCUCCAUAUCAGACCUCAUGCUGACCACAACCAUUGUCCCCAACACAUUGUACAUAAUCCUGAAUAAGCAGCAAGUCAUGUAUUUUAUUAAUUGUUUCAUUCAAUUUUUCUUUUUUGGUGUCUCGGAAUGUUCAGAAUGUCUCCAUCUAACCGUAAUGUCCUAUGACAGAUAUCUGGCCAUUUGUUCUCCAUUACGUUACUCUACCCUGAUGGAACCUGGCUUUUGUCAGAAACUAGUUUCCCUUUCAUGGCUCCUGAGCUUGUCUGUAAUGUUGACAGAAGUCAUAUCCAUCCGCAUGCUGAAGUUUUGUGGAUAUAACAUUAUUGACCAUUUUUUCUGUGAUCUUUUUCCUCUUCUAGACCUUUCUUGUUCAAAUACCUCGAUGGUUCAAACAGAAAUCAUUCUGCUUAGUAUCCCUGUGCUUGUCUUACCAUUUGUGUUCAUUAUAAUAACCUAUAUUUUCAUAAUUUCUUCCAUCUUAAACAUCUCAACUAACACUGGUAGACAAAAAGCCUUCUCCACGUGUAGCUCUCAUCUGACGGUGGUUUCUCUGUUUUAUGGGACACUGUUCAGUUCUUAUGUUCUCCCAACCAGAGGUAAAUCAGUAAAUGUAAGUAAGAUCCUACCGCUGUUGUACACAGUGAUGACCCCUCUAAUUAACCCUAUGAUUUACAGUCUAAGGAAUGAAGAGAUGAAGACUGCAUUGCAUAACUUUGCAACCUAUAUUUUAGCUUCAUUCCGAGUAGGAUAA